AUUCGCGAUAGGCAACCUUCUGAUCAUCGAUAGUGGAUUGAACGAGGGAUGGAGCACCCCCAUUAUACCAAAAUUCAAGCAGGACGAUCCUUUGAAGGUGUCCAACGACCAAAUAGUGUGGGUGGUGAAUUUGAUGUAUGUCGGGGUAGGUCUCGGCUCGAUUGUGCCGUUUCUUUUGAUGGACAGAAUCGGGCGUAAAGGAACGCUGUUGUUCGCCACGAUACCAAAGAUUGCAAGCUGGAUUUUGAUCGGCUUGGCAGCCACCAUCGAGCAGCUUUACAUUGGCAGAUUGAUGGCCGGUGUAGGCUGUGGAAUAACGUACUCGGUGAUGCCUAUGUACUUGGGCGAGGUUAGCAGCAAAAAGACUCGUGGCCCUUUAGGUACCGCGAUGGCCGUUCUCCUCAACACCGGCAUGAUGCUCGCCUACGCGAUCGGCCUUUGGACGAGCCGAUUCGUCAUGUCGAUGAUCUCCCUCACCCUGCCCGUCACGUUCCUCUGGAUCUUCGUCUGGCUGCCGGAGAGCUCGGUGUUCCUCACGCGCAAGAACAAGCUGACGUCGGCCGAGAGGACGUUGAAGUGGGCCCUGGGCAAGGACGACGUGAUCGAGGAGCUCGAGGAGAUAAAGAGGAUAGUGGCGACCGAGGAGAAGAAUUCGGAGAGGAGGGUGGCGAGGUCCGUGCAAGAGUUGUUCACAAGACGCGAGAGUUGCCGCGCAUUUCGGAUCGCCAUCAUCCUGCUGAGCGCGUUGACGUUGACGGGGGCCGCGCCCCUCCUCGCUUAUCAGUCGUUCAUAUUCGUGGAGGCGGGAUUCGAGGUCUCGACCAACGUCAGCAUCGUGAUGACCGGUUGCGCGAUCGUGAUCGCGGGCAGCGUGUGCGUGUCGGUGGUGAGGCUGACCGGCAAGAGAUUGCUGCUGCUCAUCUCGACCCCGAUCUGCGUCCUCUCCCUUGCCACGAUCGCGAUCUUCUUCGGCCUGUUGUCGAGCGGCCGCGACGUCUCCGCGCUGAGAUGGGUGCCCACCGUGUUCCUAGUGAUUUACGUGCUCGGAUACGGCCUCGCCCUCAACCCGAUCCCCCUCGCCUAUAUCGGCGAGAUAUUUCACAUGGACGUGAAGGCGCCCGCUGCGAUAUUCUCCUCCCUUUAUUACGCCGUCACCACGAUGCUCGUGGUGAAAUUUUAUCAGGUGGGUAUCCUCGAGUUCAGUCGAAAAAUAUGAUUUUUAUGAUAUGAUCAAUACUUUAUGCUGGAAAGAAUCUUGAAAAGUUCGAACGUGUAGAAAUUAUUUACAUUUGUGAUGUUAGGUUGGAGUAAGAUUAAUAUUUUCGAAAAUUAUGUAUUUAUAGAUUGAACUGUUGUUACAAAUCAUAAUUGGUUUAGGCGUGCUAAUGCAGGCAUCGAUUUAGAUACAGAUCGUCGGGACUUCUUUUCAGCAGUGAACUGUACAUAUUUGAUUGAUUGUAGAUUUUUUGAGAUAAUUAUAAAACAUGGUUAGAAUCAGGUUAAUAUUCUAUAUAUAUAAUUGUAAUUUCGUUUGGCGAAAGAAACUAAGAUCUGACUUUGGAGAAAAAAAAUUUUCACAAAUAAAUAUAUAUAUAUAUA